CCUUUCCUUCUGACUGCUGUCUCAGCGUAUACUUCUUCUUUGCAAGGACCUCCAUCUUUUAAGUUCGACCUUGCGCGUGUCAAGCUACCUGAAGUGGUCUCUGGAUAGUUAGCCGCUCCAAAUUUUGAUUUCGCAAGCUUCAACACACGUGAGGUUCUCUUGGAGGUUUUUGCGGAGACUAUAGAUGGAAGCCAGGAUAGAGAGCAACUCAACAAAAAAAAAACCAGGAUCCCACGGUUGCAACGAAUCUAGUCACGUAUUAAACCAUUGCAGUUCAUGUUUACUUUGGAAGACGAUGAGGACGCCAAAAACAGAGAUGAUGACGGCAGCAUGGACAGUAUCAUCGAACAGCCAGCUGGCGGUGUCGCACGACUCAACUCAAUAGAUAGACAUCGUGUGGGAAACACUAGCUAUUCACAUCCAUGGCAAUGCAUGAAAAGUGCUUAGAGGCGCUUUAAAUACGCCGAGCCCUGUACCCUACAGUCCCUUGUUCCCCCUCACCCUAUGUCGUUCGUCGGUUGUAAGGAUUUCAAGCUAGUUGGUGGUGUUUGUAACCACGUCCAUGGAAACCAGAAUCACACUGUCGUCCAUACGACCAAUAAUACCCGUGAUUCGAACAACAAUUAUAACACGACGAACUACGGAGAUCGGUGUGUGACGAACAAUGGUGGUCGUGUUAUAAUGAAUCCGGGCGAAGAACAUAGGCCUCGAGGAAGGACCAAGAAGAAACAUCGCUCAGUUGCUCAAGGUGUAGGGUACGGCUACCAGGAUUCAUCCCCCCAAAUAUCAACUCAGAACCUCGAACAACAACCACAACAGCUUCGGCUUGACCAACCACAAGCGCAGUUUCCAUCUCCUCCAGGAGGAUACGGUGGAUUUCCCCAGUGGAAUCAGCAUCAGCAACCUUAUCCGUGUACGGCUGGAAGUGCAGCCGAACCGUCGUAUUUCCCUCCACACCCACCUCUACCUUUUGGAAACUGGCCAAGUCCGACGAUGCAUGCGAACGCCCCUCAUCAUCAUCCCAACCCUUCCAACCCCUCCUACUCUCUUUUAGUAAACCCACCUAUUCCUACAGCGUCAGCGCCUCCAAAUCUAUCCCCGUACGCUGGGCCUGCGCCUGGCUACGAUUCUCAUCGUCCUUAUUCAUCCACAUAUUUGUCCCCUCAAAGUCAGACCAGUGUGGGGCCUCAUACCCAAGCCCAGAUCCACCAUUCUCCUCCCUACGACGGGUGGGGUGGGCCGCACGUCCAAAGUCAGAACCAGAAUUGGAAAGGGAACGGGCAUUGGUACAAUUCACUUCCUUUGCAGGAGCAUCAACACCAUCCGUCAUCGGGUGCUCCGUCGCUGGUGCCCGUGUAUAAUGCGCCGUACCCUCGUUCUGCGCGGUCUGUGCCUCCUCACGACCACGCCCAAGUUCAGGUACAAGGUCCUCAAGGAGACUCCGCUUCAGCUGGGAAUGAGUUGAAUGGGCAUGGGUUUCCGAAAGCCGAGUCUCAGGGCGGAGCUUUUGCUCGGAAGAAAAUGGAUCCUUGGAUGAAUCCUAAGAACCCGUUUAGUAUGGCGAGCGCGAAUGUGGACGGGAGGGAUUUGUCCAACUCUUUACCUUUAUCUACGGGUGCAGAGAGGGCCAGUGGUGAGGCGGAGGACGGAAAGGAGGAGGAGGAGGAUCUCAAGGUUAAGGCUAACGACAGAGAAGGAGUCUGAACCGGGAUGGAUGAUCAGAUGGGUUUUCUUAUGGAUUGUACCCUGAGGGCGACACCAAGACUGGAUAAAUUAUGCACGAGAUCCUAUGAAGUCGGCAUUUAACCGACGAGGAUGUACGACACUAUGACCUACAAUGCUUAUCGUUUUCUACGCCUGUUCAACAAAUUUCAUCGAUCCAAGUCAUCACCUUCCUCAGACCAGGUCGCAAAUACCCACUCCUUUCCACUCUUUCCUUCUCCCCGAACGAGGCAUGGUACAGUACACACCCUCGGUUCCUGACGAGGGGGGUGCACUCCUCGGAUUUCCCGUUCGUUCGUUCGUUCGGUGAGAGGAUAUCCUGUCCGCUGGGUCGGUGUCCCGAUGUAUCCCUUCCUUAUCACAAAUCUCGUCGAUUAAUAUUCAAUCAUCCCCAUCCCUAUCACACCUAUACUCAAACCAUUACUAGUCAGUCGGUUCUCAAUAAUCCAUCCCUCAUCGGCUAUCAGUUUAUACCAUUGUGUAGGACGGUGCUUCAGUCUCUGAUGGAACAACACCGUAUAUCCUCAAUGACGAUGCCUCCAGCGUUAUGGAUGAACUCACUCGCCCAUCAGCAAACC